GCUUAUAGGAGACUAAAGCAGACCUUAUAAACAUAGAUAUAUCGACUAUCAUAUAUCUGUAUUAGGUCAGCUACUGGAGACUACGUUUGACACACCUUUCUCAAAUGACACAACUUGAUGUGCUUAUCCUAGGAGCUGGGUGGAUUGGCGAAUUCCUUAUCCCCCUACUCCAGACACAGAGGCUUGCAUUCGCAGCCACCACAAGAGACGGACGAGCUGUUGCGGGCGCUGAUACUAUUGCCUGGGGAUUCGAUCCGAUUGACGAGGAGCAGAAGGACAUUUCAAACAUCCCAUUAGCAAAAUACGUCGUCGUCGUCUUCCCACUCAAAGGGGUUGGACAGAGCAAACUCCUCGUCGAGUCCUACUCCAAAGCUCAUGGUGUCUCUACUAGCAAUGUCCACUUCAUCCAGCUGGGCAGUACCGGCAUCUGGGAUCUACCUCGCGACAAGCUCUCAGAUCCGGAAUGGCCUUGGGUCACACGCUACUCCCCAUACAACACAUCCAAUGAGCGUGCCAUUGCUGAAGACGAGCUGCUCACCUACGGCGGGUGUGUCCUCAAUCUCUCCGGGCUGUGGGGCGGACAAAGAGACCCGAAGCACUGGGUCAGUCGUGGUACAAUCGGUGGAUCAAAAGAAGCGGUAUCGUUGAAGAAGAGUCUACACCUGAUUCACGGGGAGGACGUCGCCCGAGCCAUCGUGGCUGUGACAAGCAACUGGGAGGCCGCGACGCGAAAUGGAAAUGGUCGAUGGAUGCUUACGGACGGCUUUGUCUACGAUUGGUGGUCUCUUUUCGCAGCAUGGGCGGACGAGACAGAAAGUUCAGGGGGUGGCGUCGACCGCUCGCCGAGUAAACAGGCACAAUGGGUUUACGAACUCAUGGUAGAGGAGGAAGUGCGAGCGCUUCCGCGUUCCAUGGAGACACUGGGCAGAUGUUACGACACGCGGGAAUUUUGGAACACCUUCCGGCUAGCACCCUUGAAAGCAGGUCUCUGAGUGUCUUUGCAAGUAAUCCUUUCCAAAUAGACAAUAUACAGGAAGAUCGUGAAACGUCUCCAAUGUCGCUUCAGUGCAUAGCGGGGAAGAGUGGAGUCGGAGCAGGUGAUUGGAUGAAUAGCAUGCCCGUUAAGCGCAG